AUGGAAGGAAGAGUUAUUGGUGGUGAAUAUUCCACGAUACAAAACUUUCCACAUGCUGUAUUUUUAUUAAUACAAUCUCAAGAUGCUAUUUUUAUAUGUGGCUCUUCCGUGCUGAAUCAAAUGGUACUGAUAUCGGCCGCGCAUUGUUUCGAAAUACUAAAUAAGAAAAGUAUUGUAAGAGCGUACGGUGGACAUCAAGAUGUAGAAAAGAAAAUAUUAAUUUCAAGGUAUCGCUAUACUAGAUCUAUAGCCAAUGAUAUCGCUCUAGUGAAACUCAAACAUGAGCUACCCUUGGGAAGUUUUAUCAAACGCGUCAUUGUAAGGCCAACUACCCCGAGCCAAGAUGGUGUGCUGGCUGGUUGGGGAGCCGUUGACCCAGACAUGAAAGAAUUCACAUAUAAGUUAAAAGCUGUACAGCAAAAAAUACAAACCAGAGACGCGUGUUCCCGCAUCGGAAUGCUUCACCCCGGUAUGAUUUGCGCGGGAAGCUUCAAACGGAACGACUCAAGACCAGCUAAGGGUGAUUCAGGCAGUGGUUUGGUAACAAAUGAUUACCAAUUAGUUGGAUUGGUUUCACAUGUGGUUAAUGCCUACCCUGCACUUAUUGUCUACACUAAUGUUUCUUAUUAUUACAAGUGGAUACAAGAGAAAUCUGAAAAAAUAUGUUGCCCUUCGUAA